CGCUCAUGCACCACGAUGUUCGGCCUCUUCCUCUUUCCAAAACGCUUUGUGGAUCUACAGAAUUAGGUCAAAGCAAUACAAACGACUAGAAACUCAGGACUAAACGUAGAGCAGGGGACAAAACAUUGAAGAAACUGUAAAACUUUAGUUCAAAUCGCAACACUGUAGCGCUUAUCCGGCAACUUUUGGUUCAUGCACAAAAACGGAUAUAAUGUUUUUUCUGACAAGCUGAUCGUUCUUUUCGGCGAUAUACCGGAUGUAUGCUUUCGUUGGAGAUCCUGAACUCCAGCUGAAGUCUGUUGCGUGUGCGUUAUGCAUGUGUGGUGUGUCUGUGCCCCUCCUGGUCAGGUGACUGAGGUGUGCCUAAUCACUUGAAUCUCUGGAGAUGCUUUGUUCUAUUCUACCUGUCGGUUAAGUGAAAGCUGAUCUCCGGCUCCGCGUGCUGAACUGCGUCCAGUACUCAUCUAGGACUCGGCUUCUGGCAAAACAUGAUCAAAUAACACCGAAGGCCUCGGACCAGUAGUACAUAUUUUUGGAAACAAUAUCGCGUUUAUUUCUAUGCGUAAAGGUGUUUUUUGGUGCUAGAAUUAACGCUGAGCCGCGCUAUUUGAGGACAAAAUAGUUUACGAUAUCGUCCGGUUUCGCUCUAUCAUGGAAACGGUUUAUCGCGGACCGCGAACUGAAUUUUUAUAGCCCUGUGAACUGAGGGGGAAAAAACUUUUGUCUUAGGUUUUAAUGACUUUUCUUGAGUUUGGGUACUUUUUUAAAAAUAAUAAUUACCGGAUAAAAUAAUUCGCUCUUUUUUAUUCGCCAAGAAUUCGGAUCGCGUGAGGCAGCAUUAUGGCUCUCUCACAGGUUCAGUGUCUUGAUGACAAUCAUGUGAACUGGCGUCUGAACGAAUCCAAACCGGAGUUCUUAUACAGCGAGGAGCAGCGGCUUGCGCUCGAGGCGCUCAUCACCAAAGGACGCGACGCGUUUGACUGCUAUGUGAAAGAGCACGAACUGCGUCCUUUCCUCUCGGAAACGGAGUUGGAGCAACUCCGCAGAACCAUAGAAGAUUACAAACCCGGUUCUGAGCACCAACAACCGGAUGGUAUGACAGAGGGAGAGGACAGUACUGUGUCUUUACAGUACUGGCCGGACCGCUCUGAUAUCUCCAUACCGAAUUUGGACCUCGGAUGGCCCGAUUGUAAUUCUUACCGCGGAGUGACGCGCGUCAACGUGUACACGCAGCCGCCGGUGGACGGACAGGCGCAUAUAAAAGAGGUAGUGAGAAAGGCCAUCGCUCAGGCACAGAAGAUGAUAGCGAUAGUUAUGGAUGUUUUCACAGAUGUGGACAUUUUUAAGGAUCUAAUAGAAGCUGGAUUUAAGAAGAAAGUGGCUGUGUACAUUAUUAUAGACAAUGCAGCUGUACAGGACUUCUUACUUAUGUGUGAGAGAGCAAACAUGCACAGAGGACACCUCAAUCAUCUGCGGGUGCGAUGCAUCGGUGGUUUGGAAUUCUACACGCGAUCAGCUCAGAAGCUUCGUGGCUCGCUGGGUCAGAAAUUCAUGUUUGUGGAUGGAGACCGUGCUGUGUCUGGAUCAUACAGUUUUACAUGGACUGCUUCCCGUCUGGAUCGUAAUAUCAUCACAGUCAUGACAGGUCAGGCUGUGGACACCUUUGACAAACAGUUCCGUGAGCUAUACCUGAACUCUCGUGGGGUCAUCCUAUCCAAGAUCCCACUGGCAGACCCACCAGAGCCUGAGCCUGUCCUAUUCUCUGUUCCUCCCCCUGUUUCAGCAACUGUCGCAAGAAAACUCAUUAACCCCAAAUACGCAUUGGUAAAUGUGGAUGCAUCAACCAAAGCCGCUUCGGACAAAGCUAGAGCCAGCAGUAACUCCCCGAAUCCAAUGGUCCAGAUUAAGAAGCCCAAACGUGAAUUACCGCAAAAGCACCCAGGACUUGCAGGUUUGUUAAAGGCGGAUCUCAUUUCCUACUUGCCCAUCUGGCCUGAGCCAGAUCCACCCAGCGAUGUUAUUGGGUUUAUUAAUAUUCGCGACACAAGCAAGCCAGCACCGGUGCAUUUAAUGCGCUCGCAGAUGUGUGGAACAUCGCAAGCAAUCCGCUUCAAAGACCCUUUCUUCUCCCCACCUGAGGAACUUCCAGAAAAGGCAAUUCCCCGACCUAAACCAUCACCUUCAUCUAAAACAGAUACCGUAAAUGCAAACGUUCAAUCAAGUACCCAGCCUCCGAAAGAUAUUCAACCAAAUACUAAUUCUAGCAGCAUUCAUCAAGAUGCACCAGUUUGUAUCUCCCAUUUGUCAACCACCGAAUUGCAGGAGCCCAAUCCCAACCCUUCUCCAGAAGAGCAGCAGCCAAACCCUAAACCCAUGCAUUCCUCUUCAGAAAACCAACCUGCUUCAGUACCACCUGUUCCCAAGCCUCGCACCUUACAGGUGGUGGUUAAUACACAUGAGGGAUCUGGAGAUGCAGAGAUCAGUUUAGUUAGAAGAGAGAAGAUCCAGACAACCAACUCAAAGGGUACAAGUAGGGGCACUCGUGAAAAUGAUACUGACAGCAUUAUUGUGACUUGUGCAGAUUCAUUAAAGGAUGAGAAUUCCUCAACUUCAGAAGAGUAUUUUGAGUGCACAGACUCUGGUAGCACAAGUCCUAAUGACAAGCUCCCUAACGGAAUGAUAACGGGUUCUGGUCGCUUUGGAGACCACAGCCAUGACAUGCUUAAUGUGAUGGCGAGGUUCUCUCAAUCUAUGGUGGACUUGCGAUCAGAUGACAUUGAGCCAGAGCUACAAAGUACCGCCGAGAAGAAUCUCCUGAACAAGCAGAACAGAGGCAAAGCAAAGUUUUAUCAAAUGGUCUCCAGGUCACCAGUUCGAGACACUUAUGGCCGGGCCAAAGUGGUGAUUGCUAAACCUGGAGUGUUCCACAGACCCCCUAAAAGCAGCGGUCAUGUCAUCGGAGGUCGCAGGUAUUGGCAGGGAAAGAAAUGUGCCGCUGAACGUCCCCCAAGUGGAUCAGGACAACAAAACCCAAAUCGCACUGGUUGGUCUCCUAGAAGACACAGCUCUGCCUGUAAAAUAGAAGGACUGCAAACCAGCCAAUCACCUAUUCAACAGCUCACACACUCAAACUCUGGCUCUCCCACUCAGCGGACCUCUCAAACGAAAUCUACAUCGCCCCAGAGAAAAGUUGAGACUCGUACACCACUAGGAAUCUCCUUAGCCAAACUCUCCAAAUUCAACCACCUUCAGGGGAGGGUUCCAGUGAACACCGCUGGUUUUAGCUUGGAGGAUACAUUUGUGUCACGUGGGCACAAUGAAAAGUGAUUUAUGGUCCACCCCCCCCCCCCCCCCCCAAACCCAAAAAAACAACAACUUUGUAUUGAUUGCAAAGGUAUGAAUGUGCAAUGAUGUAGCCACCAGUUUUCAUUGGCAUAGACUUAGAAUCCUUUAAACUGGAUCUUCAAACUGACACCAGUGUUACAUAAAAAAAAAAAACAGUGAAGUUUGCAAACCCAACGCACAGAGCUGGACUGUAUAUGUGUGUGUGUAAAUGAAAGCUCCACACUUGUUACAAACAGACUGACUCUUUGUUGUCAUGUGCUUAUGAGUAAUCCGGACUGCAAGACAUUUGGUGGUGGAUUUGUGACCAUGGUGAUGGCAAUUUCACAUUCACCUCUAUAUUGACUAACAGUGUUUCAGAUUGAGAAAGAGGAGGUUGGAAAUGGCUAAGAUACAAGCCUGACCAACACAGUAAGGUGAUUUUACAAAUUCCUAGACAUUUGCACACACAUUCACCCUAAUAUUGUGUGUUUGCAGUUCUUCUCUUUGAUUUAAUUGAAGAUAGAACUGCCAACAAGAUUUUGUAUUUACAAGAAUUUUCAAUUUCCUUUCCUUCUAAUACCUAUGGCUUGGCGAUAAAACAAUAUAGUUACUUAUCGAGAAAAAAAAAUCCUUGAUAUCGAUAAACUUUUGAGUAAUUUUAUACAUUUAGCCUAUGUUCUACAUAAAUGCUAUGUAAAUUUGCGAGCUGUUCAGCAAAGUUAUACACACAACUAACUAAUUGAAUCACAAUCAUUAAAUCAGCUGGUUAGGGAGUAUUAGCUUGCUAGCGUUUACAUAGCCCUGCUGUCAUAAAAACCAGUAAUGAGGCUAGGUAGCUAGCACCUAGCUAUCCAGCUAAUAUGAUACUGUUGUGCACCGAACAAGACAGCACUGACAAUGUAAUACUAUUGACUGAACACAACAGCAACUCCGACAUCAGCACCAUUGCUGUUUAUUUAAGUACUAUUUAGUUAAGUGUUUUUAUGAUCCAUAGCGCACACGUGCACACAUUUUUGAAAAAAGGCAAGAAAUUAUUUCUAAUUGUGAGGUUUAUUAGCGGUUGGCAGUCCAGCUUAUGGUGCAUUACCGCCACCUUCUGAGCUGGAGUGUGGAGCAUCACAAGAAAGUCUUUCAGUGGAAUCAAACGUUUGCUGAAGAUGAUGUUAUUGCUGAAAUUUCAUCGAAAAAUUUGUUUGCAUUUAUUUUUUAGGUCUAACAAACAUGUGGAAUGAAUUCCCUUCCCCAUUAAUGGUAUGAAAUGUAUAUUGUGAUAAAUGUUGACAUCGAACGAUAUGAAAAUAAAUAUUAUAAUAAUAUUUUUGGCCAUAUCGCCCAGCCCUACUAAUACCACACAUUCUCAUUACUUGCCAUAGUUUAAUGUUUAUUUCAAAUUCAGUUGACAUCUCAAACUUUUUGCACAUAUUUUUACAGCAACCAGUUAGAAGCAAAGGUAUUUUAAAGAAAUAUUUGGGUUUGAUACAAGUUGAGCUCAAUCGACAUCAUUUGUGGCAUAAUGUUGACUAACACAAAAGAUAAUUUUGACUUGUCCCUCAUUUAUAUAUAUAUAUAUAUAUAUAUAUAUAUAUAUAUAUAUAUAUAUGUGUAUAUAUAUAUAUAUAUAUAUAUAUAUAUAUGUAUGUGUGUGUAUAUAUAUAUAUAUAUAUAUGUGUGUGUAUAUAUAUAUAUAUAUAUAAGGUGCAAAAAUCAUGGUUAUGGUAAGGCAAGAACAUUUGAAGUGAAUGUCCUUAAAAUGAUUUCAAAAUUAUAGCCACAUGAUGUAAACAUUUAUGUGUUAACACAAUUUUAGUGUGAUAAAAUCAGGGAUUUACCCGCAUUACAGCGUUUACCAGAUUACAGGGUUUACCAUCUUUACAUCGUCUGACAACAAAGUUGUAAUAUUGGAUAAUACUUUACACAGGUAAGGUUAGUAAGUGAUUUAAUCACACUUAAAUCAUGUUAAAAUGUGUAAUGUUUAUGUCUUGUGGCUAUACAUUUGAAGCGGUGUGUAUUUUAGCAUUUAUGGACUGGCCCCAUUCACUUCCAUUGUGCCUUACUGUAACUGCAAUUUUUAUAUAUAUACAGUAUAUAUAUAUAUAUAUAUAUAUAUAUAUAUAUAUAUAUAUAUAUAUAUAUAUGAGAGAUAAAUAACAAUUAUUUUUGGUGGUAAUCAAUAUUAUACCACAAAUGCUGUCGACUGAGCUCAUCUUGUAUUGGACCCGGAACAUUUCUUUAAGGUGCUAGUCUGCACACACUGAUUACUACAGAUUCUGUAGUCUUAAGGAUCUACUUGAAUAAUUUAGAAACUUUUUAAAUGGAUAUUUGAUUCAAUUUGCUUUGUUAAUAUAUACCUGUACCGCAUGCUCAAAAGGUUGUACUGAUCUGUACCUUCCUGUUGAUUGUUCAGCCAAGAAAACAUUGUAAAUAUUUCUUUCCAAAAAAAGUAUUUCUUCCAUGGAACACAAAAGUAGAUGUUAGGCAGAAUGACAGCCUCAGUCACCAUUCGCUUUUAUUGAGUGGAAAAACAUAUGGCAAUGACUAAAGUCCAGGGAUGGAAAGAAAUCGAGGCUUAAUCAGUUCCAGUAUUUAAAAAAAAAAAAAAAAAAAAAAAGAUGCAAUAAAUUGCUUAUUGCCAAUGCAACUCACAAUGCAAAAUAUGUUUGCAGUACUGUCCUCUGUGUGGGUUUUUUACAAUUUGGGAAAACCAGGGUAGGUUUCAGAGUAAUUUGUGUAUGUUUAUGCAUACCUGAUCAGUGCACCAGUACCAGGUUGCAAGAAUGGUUAAUCCCAGUGUCAUGCCGGGCCAGGGUAAGUCCCCAUGCACGGGGUCUCUGAACAGGUGCAUGGCAUCAGCCCUUGGCAGAUGACAUGUCGUGUUUGGGAUGAUCUUAGAUGGCACAGCUUUCAAAUACACGCUCUCCAGGUUACUGUAGCCUCCAAUCUUAUUAAAUGCUGAAAUACAUGUGCAGAGAUGCAUAUCAGCCAAAUCUACUUAUGAUUUUGGUAAAAUGUAGAGUUUAACAUAUAUUUCUUUUUAAAGUAAUGUCGAAACAACGUGUGGUUAACUUGAAUUACAAAUGGAAUGUAAAUUUUGUAUUUUUUCUAAUAAAAAAAAUACUAUUUAAAUUUCUAACUUGUUUAAGCAAUGUACUUUGUGUAUGUCACAUAGUGAUAUUUUACUCAUUGAUAUAUUACUCUAUAGGAAUGCAUUAUUUCUAUUCAGAAUCUUGGUCAUUCUGAAUCUUCACAUUUAGUUGUCACUGGAAACUUUUCACAUUGCGCCUGGUUAGGACAUGGUAUGUGGAAAAUCUUUUUUUAAAUAAGUCAUAUUAGGCUACCUAUCAUUUGCAAAUUUCACAAUAUAGAGUUUCUUUAAACAUAUAAGGGGAGACUUAAGUUUACUCUUGUCCGAAUAUAUGCAAAUGUGAUUUUACUGUGUUCAACCAACACUGUAAAAGAUUAUUUUACCUUUUAGUUAUCUUAACUUAAAAUGUAGAGUUAGAAUAACUACCCUGGAUUGAUUUUGUUGAGAUUACUCAAUUAUCCAAGCUUUUGUUGGCUGAACUUGUGAUUAGUUAUUGAAAUUUUUUUUUUUUUUUUU